AUGUUUCCUACAUCAACACUCGUCUUGAUACUACUCUUAGCUUUGCCUUCAACUAUGGCUGAUGAGUUUUACAAGCGCACACCUCUGGGAACAAUGCGUUUUGGAAAGCGGUCAUCGGCUAUGGAGAAUUUCCUUUUCUCUCAACAACUUUUUGGACGCAAAAGGGCUGAUGGCUCAUCGGAACGCUCAAUUCGAGCUCCACUUGGAACUAUGCGUUUUGGCAAACGUUCUAUGGAUGUAGAAGACCCGACACUUGGAAUACAGCUUCUUCUUGCUGUUGCGUUUCAACUUCUAUUCUAUACACCUCUUGCUACAUCAGCACCUAAUCGCAUUCUCAUGCGUUUCGGCAAACGUGCUAUGGCAGAUGUGGUUCUCACAAAUCCAUCUUAUUCUUCAGGAACAACUGAAGAAGCCAAUUCAGCUGAGCUACCAGAUUACCAGUCGCUUGAACAGCAUCCAUUAAGAGUAUUAAGAGCUGAACCAUUUUUGAAUGGACGUCUGGUCAGCGGGUUUUAUGUGAAUCAAUAA